AUGUCCCCGCUCCCCGUCGCAGAAGUCUCUGCGGCCCCCUUCGGCCGCGUUCCAGAGAGAAGCACCCAGUGCCGCCAGCUGGAGGCGGCGAUCGCCCUGGCGUAUUCGACCCCGACCCCACCGCCCAUGAUCCUGCAGGGCCCUUCUGGGGCCGGUAAAUCGCACGUCAUCGACCACUUCUUCCGGCGGGACAGCGAUAGCGUCGGCCACACGUUUGCCUUUCUGAGCUGUGUCGAGCGCUACACUCAGCGCCUGCUCUUCGAGUCGGCCCUCAACCAGAUCACGGCCACGGUGCCGUCCGCCCAUAACGGGUUUGCCAACUAUGCAAAGUGCGACUCGAUUGUCGAGUUUGUUGCCCAACUCAAGGAGAUUGCGGCAAAGAGUGAAAAGCCGUUUUUCUUGAUCUUUGAUAGCGCCGAGCGUCUGCGCGCCAUGUCGCCGACGCUGGUUCCUGCCCUCCUGAAGCUCUCCGAAGUGACUCGGUGCAGAAUCUCGGUCAUCAUGAUCACAACACUGCUCUGGGACCAGUUUUUGACCGAUCGCACGCCACAACAGCCUAUUCUGAUUCAAUUCCCGAACUAUACCAAAGGCGAACUGUUUUCGAUCGUCAAGCAGGACUGCCCACCCGGCGAGGAGAGCUGGUUCUUUGGCAACUUUUGCAGCUUGAUAUUCGACGUCUUCCACGAAGGCUGCAAGGACCUGAAUGAGCUGCGGCACCUGAUUGCCCUCCUGUUUCCCAAGUAUCUGGAGCCCGUUCAAUCUGGCAAAGUCAAGAAAAACGAGACAAGCAAGUUGUAUGUGCGGAUCCAGCCGACGCUCAAGGAGGCGCUGGAGAAGCUGUAUCUGCGAGAAAUGUCGAGUGCUGAGUGGAUGCAGCAUGUGCGCGAGCAGAAGGAAACCAUGACCAUCAGCACCCGUACAAAUUUGGAGUUGCCUUACUACACCCGGUUCCUGCUUAUCGCAUCGUAUCUGGCUUCGUACAAUCCCGCAAAGAUGGAUGUGCGAUUCUUUUACAAAGGUGUAGAGGAGAGGCGCAAAGUCACAAAGCGCGGCAAAUCAAAAACUGGAGGCCUGAUGCGGCAGCAGCUACUUGGCCCCAAGGCGUUCCCGAUUGAGCGCAUGCUCGCCAUCUUCUACAGCAUCAUCGAAGACCCCAUCGAUAGUAAAAUCGACAUCCAGACGCAGAUCUCGACGCUCAUCACCCUCAAGCUCCUGAGGCGUGUAUCCAGCCUGGAUCAACUCGACGAUAUGAAGUGCAAAUGCAACGUGACCUUUGAAGUCAUCCAGCAGGUCGCGCAAGCCGUGCGAUUUGACAUUUCCAAAUAUUUAUACGACUUUGUAUAG